AUGUCGUCCUCCAAAAGCAAAGGCAAAGGCAAAGCCCCUGCUAUCAGUCCUGAACAAAAAUCUCAGCCUGAAUCUCAGCCUGAAUCGCAGCCUCAAUCGCAGCCCGGGCCUUCUACAUACAGGAAGCCGCUACCCCCUAGAACAGGAUACGAUGCAGAUGUGCUCCGUGAGAUGUGCGACACUGUCCGCACCAGUCUGCAUGAGGGACGCCCUGAACCUCGGUGGGAAGAGGUCAUGGGAUUCCUCAAAGCAGUGUUGAGGGAUGAGGGUGACGGCAGCGGUAGUCAUGCCAUAGAGAUCGAGACUAUCCGGAACACGCACCUGGACAAACUCAUAUCGGAUAUACUAAAUCCGAGAUACCGACAUCCCAGGGUGCCCACGAGAUUUGCAGCAGAUAUCCAGCUGGUGGAACGAUUAGAGCGCAAAUGGAUCGAGCGGUUUCGAGGUCCCUACUUUCACAUCGAGGAGCAUCGCUACCGCGAAUUGUCCCAGAAGGGCCGACUCAGAGAUGUGACGCCGAACCUUGGUGCUCAAGAUCCUGAGGACCGCUGGCAAGCCAAUGAUGGCGAGACACUUUCAGAGAUGGAGGGAAAUCUGGAGAUCGAACCUGGGCAGUAA